AUGCACGGCCGCGUCGUCCUCGCGCUCGUCGCCUGCGCCGCGGGCUCCUUCGAGCAUUUACACAUCCUCCCCGACAACGACGCGCUCACGGAGCUCUGGUUCAUCGGCGACCUCCACGGCGACGUCGGCUGCGCGCGGCAGUGGGUCGCGCGGAGCGGGCUCGUCGCCUUCGACGCGGCCGGGCCGCGGUGGACGGGCCGCGCCGGGUCCGCGCUCGUCUUCCUCGGCGACUACGUCGACAAGGGCGUCCAUUCGAGCGACGUGCUCGCGCUCGUGCGGUCGCUCGUCGAGGCCUUCCCGGACCGCGUCGCGGCGAUCAUGGGCAACCACGACCUGUUCCUCUACCUCGACGCGACGCUCGACGGGAGCGACCCGCGGCGGCCCAUGCGCAUGUCCGUGCAGGCCUACCCCUACUCCUUCUUCCAUCCCGAGGAGUACGCGGCGUCGCCCUUUACCACAAAACGGGACGACGACGGCGAGGUGCUCGACGCGCUCUUAGAGAGCCUGCUCUUCGUCUACGAGACCCGCGCGACGCGCAAGGUCCUCGUGCCGACGCCGUCCGCGCCCGCGCCCGCCGGCCGCGGCCGCGUCAGCCUCUUCGACGUCGCGCCGCGCUUCCGGGACGACGGCGCGCUCGCGGCCAAGGUCGCCGGCCGCCUCGACGAGUGGCGCGUGGACUACGCGGCGGGGUUGCGCGACUCGGGCCUCGUCGACUUCCUGCGGGCGCGGCCCGUCGUCGCCAUCGUCGGCGACGCCUUGGUCGUCCACGGCGGUUUGCCCCCGGAAUACGCGACGGACGCGCUCCCCGCGCUCGUCGCGGAGCUCCGCGCGACGCCCUGGGCCAACCUGUCGACGGCCGCGAUGCGGCUCGCGGCCGAGGCGACGCAGGACCGGUCGUUCCACCGCGAGGGCGGCUGCGCGGCCGCGGCCGCGGUGCUCGCCGCGACGGGCGCGGCGCGCAUCGUCGUCGGCCACACGCCCGGCGACGACGUGCGCGAGCUCUGCGGCGGCGCGGUCCUCGCGGCGGACUCGUCGCUCUCGCGGCCGUUCCGGGCGAACGGCAACUACUACUGCGCCGUCGCGAACCACAAACCCGGCGGCUCCUGCGACACGCCGGAGGCGCGCUGCGAGGGCUCCGUCGCGACGCUGACGCGCGCCAGCGCCGACGACCCCUGGCCGCGCCACGCGCUCCGCGUGGCCAUCGACGGCGGUCGGACGCGCGCCGCGGACGACGACGACGCGCCGGCCGACGGCCCGGGCCGCGCGCGGGGCCUCGCGACGGCCGCCGCCGUCGGCGGCCUCGCGUCCUGGUGGCUCGGCGCGGGCCGGGAGAAGCCGCGGCACCGCGCUAGCGACGACCCGAGCGACGACGGCCCGGUGGCGGAGGAGCCCGCGGCGCCCGACGCGCCUCCCGAAGACGGCGACGCGACGACUUAA